GCCUGGACACUACGCAGGAGUAGCAUUGGACAAACGGACUUGGAAAGGAUUAGGACAAAAUUAGACUUGUGGUUUUGGAUUGGAACUACCACAUCUCAGGAUUCCAGCCUAUUGGAACAUGUUUCUACACAUGUAGAGAAGCCAAGCUAUCAGGAAACACUUUUUAUCUGACAUUACUCAAUGAAAUCUGAAAUUGAAAUGUUAUACAUUCUGGAUGUAACUUUUUUGUGCGUAUGUGUUUUGUACGUGUGUGUGUGUGUGUGUGUUUGUGGAAUAGACUGAGAGGAGUAUUUUUGUAUUUUUUUGUCUGAACUGCAGUUGAAGCUGUGAAUAAGUAUUUGAAGGGCCGUGCUUGAGUUGGUUACAAGUUUCUGUUUCUCUCUGUCUGCUCAGUAGACCAGUUUCACAAAGCUAUGAUUUCCAGUCUUUUAUUUUGGAAACAAAUUGUCUGACUUGUGAGACUACUUUUCAGUUACCUCAGCAACCUGUAUGUUGUUACCUCAGCAACCUGUAUGUUGUUACCUCAGCAACCUGUAUGUUGUUACCUCAGCAACCUCUAUGUCGUUCAGUUACCUCAGCAACCUCUGUCGUUCAGUUACCUCAGCAACCUGUAUGUCGUUCAGUUACCUCAGCAACUUGUAUGUCGUUCAGUUACCUCAGCAACCUGUAUGUCGUUCAGUUACCUCAGCAACCUGUAUGUCGUUCAGUUACCUCAGCAACCUCUGUCGUUCAGUUACCUCAGCAACCUCUAUGUCGUUCAGUUACCUCAGCAACCUCUAUGUCGUUCAGUUACCUCAGCAACCUCUAUGUCGUUCAGUUACCUCAGCAACCUGUAUGUCGUUCAGUUACCUCAGCAACCUGUAUGUCGUUCAGUUACCUCAGCAACCUGUAUGUCGUUCAGUUACCUCAGCAACCUGUAUGUCGUUCAGUUACCUCAGCAACCUGUAUGUCGUUCAGUUACCUCAGCAACCUGUAUGUCGUUCAGUUACCUCAGCAACCUGUAUGUCGUUCAGUUACCUCAGCAACCUGUAUGUCGUUCAGUUACCUCAGCAACCUGUAUGUCGUUCAGUUACCUCAGCAACAUGUAUGUCAUGCAAGAAAAACCAAACACAGUGGCUGUCUUUAUUUCAACUGCAUACCAGACUAGCCUGGUUCCAGAUCUGUUUGUGCUGCCUUGCCAACUGCCUUGCCAACUCCUAUGGUCAAUAACAACACAAACACAUCUGGAACCAGACUAUAACAAACUAGUGAAUAUCCACACAAUGCUGCUGAUACUCGCUACCAGGUUUGGGAUCCGGCGGCGGACUCGCAAUCUGGCAUUUCGGGCAAAUUCCAUAUGGGCUGGUACAUUUUUAGCCCAGUGGGCCUGUCUAACUUGUUAUAACUAUCUGGCUAAUAAUGGAAUGGGCCGGUGUGGUUUCAUUGAGGUAGAGGUCUACGCCAGCUGGAUCAUUGAGGUAGAGGUCUACGCCAGCUGGAUCAUUGAGGUAGAGGUCUACGCCAGCUGGAUCAUUGAGGUAGAGGUCUACGCCAGCUGGAUCAUUGAGGUAGAGGUCUACGCCAGCUGGAUCAUUGAGGUAGAGGUCUACGCCAGCUGGAUCAUUGAGGUAGAGGUCUACGCCAGCUGGAUCAUUGAGGUAGAGGUCUACGCAGGAUCGAUCAUUGAGGUAGAGGUCUACGCAGGAUGGAUCAUUGAGGUAGAGGUCUACGCAGGAUGCAUCAUUGAGGUAGAGGUCUACGCAGGAUGGAUCAUUGAGGUAGAGGUCUACGCAGGAUUGAUGAAUUAAUCCCGCCAUACUGAGCCUGCCCACACAAUCGCUGGCUUUCUGUCCCGACUCCCACCUGCUACCGCAAGACCUGGUCCCGAACCCAACCGCAAGAACUGGUCCCCGAACCCAACCGCAAGAACUGGUCCCGAACCCAACCGCAAGAACUGGUCCCGAACCCAACCGCAAGAACUGGUCCCGAACCCAACCGCAAGAACUGGUCCCCAGAACCCAACCGCAAGACCUGGUCCCCAGAACCCUAACCGCAAGAACUGGUCCCGAACUCAAACGCAAGAACUGGUCCCCAGAACCCAAACGCAAGAACUAGUCCCCGAACCCAACCGCAAGAACUGGUCCCCGAACCCAACCGCAAGAACUGGUCCCCAGAACCCAACCGCAAGAACUGGUCCCAAACGCAAGACCUGGUCCCCGAACCCAACCGCAAGACCUGGUCCCCGAACCCAACCGCAAGAACUGGUCCCGAACCCAACCGCAAGAACUGGUCCCGAACCCAACCGCAAGAACUGGUCCCAAACGCAAGAACUGGUCCCGUACCCAACCGCAAGACCUGGUCCCCGAACCCAACCGCUGGUCCCCGAACCCAAACGCAGUCUUGCAAUGGGACUUUAGGCGCAUGUGACAAAGCAGCUCACUUGCCCGCCAUGGUCCCGAAGUCAUUUUGCAAUAGCAAAAUGCACGAAAAUAAUGUAAGAGAUAAGUUUUAAAUUACCAGACAUUCUCACGUGGCCCGUUUUUAUAUUAGGCUACUGGGAUAUACCAGCCAAUAGACCUAGAUGUAGUUUGAAGAGAGCAGUGUGGGAGAGACCUGGCACUUUCUCUUGUUUUAUAAGCGUCCCCUAGGACCUGCGGGUCCCGACAGAGAUCAUUGCAGCGUGGUCACCAUUUUUCCUGCUGCGGUUCGGUGCUGCCCUUUUACCUUUGAGGGGGGAAAAAUGGUCCAGUUUUGGGACUUCAAGCAACAAGAAAAAAAUUGCCUUUUGUGGGGCCUCAAGGAAAAUAAUGGGCUGUUGUGGGGGCCUCAAUGAAAAUAAUGGGCUGUUGUGGGGGGCCUCAAUGAAAAUAAUGGGCUGUUGUGGGGGCCUCAAUGAAAAUAAUGGGCUGUUGUGGGGGGCCUCAAUGAAAAUAAUGGGCUGUUGUGGGGGCCUCAAUGGAAAAUAAUGGUCCAGUGUUUGAAACCUCAGGGCUGAUGUCUGGUCCCAGUCCGCCCAUGUUGGGGAUGAAUUCCAUUUAAAUUCCUAUCGGCUCAGAUUGGAAUUUCCAAUGGCAAAUUUUCCUAUUUGAAAAGAAAUGGAAUUUAAUUGUACUUCCUGAAAUUGAAUUGACCCCUACCGUGCUCACUACUCCAGGGUCCUCAACGAUCGAUACUGUUGAUGUCGUCAUGUAUUCUCUGUUCUGUGACUGUAACUGUAAGUGAUGCUCAUUGUAAUAAUAUGUAUUUUUUUUUCAUGUUAGUUCUCAACUGUUUACCCUCUCACAGCACACAUACCUCAGGUUUUUAUACAGAUGAAUAUCUCUUGUUAUAUCAUGUUACUUAUCGUGUUUUAGUCGUUAUAUUUUACUGCAAGUUUUACUUUUGUUUUUAUUUUUAUGUACCGUGGAGAUUUCAAAUUCUAUUCGACUGACUAGUUGCAUAUAGGACGUGUUUUAAUGUUGUUCAACCCAAAUUAGAGGCUGGAACUUGGUAUGUAAAUACUUGUUGUUGUACACAGUUGCAGAACACUGAUUUUACACCGUAUCCUGUUGGGGAAAUAAUGUUUAUUUUUUUUAUUUUACUUGAUUGAAAAGGGGAAUUUGAAGAGUGUCUCUGUGGUUUUUAUAAUUUACUUUCUAAAUAUCAUGGUUCUCCCCUAAAUAAUAUAAGAGGGACUCUGCGCCACCUUGCGGGGCCGGCUGCGCCACGUUGCGGGGCCGGCUGAGCCACGUUGCGGGGCCGGCUGAGCCACGUUGCGGGGCCGGCUGAGCCACCUUGCGGGCCGGCUGAGCUGAGCCACCUUGCGGGCCGGCUGAGCUGAGCUACCUUGCGGGCCGGCUGAGCCACCUUGCGGGCCGGCUGAGCCACCUUGCGGGCCGGCUGAGCUGAGCCACCUUGCGGGCCGGCUGAGCUGAGCCACCUUGCGGGCCGGCUGAGCUGAGCCACCUUGCGGGCCGGCUGAGCCACCUUGCGGGCCGGCUGAGCCGAGCCACCUUGCGGGCCGGCUGGGCUGAGCCACCUUGCGGGCCGGCUGAGCUGAGCCACCUUGCGGGCCGGCUGAGCUGAGCCACCUUGUGGGCCGGCUGAGCCACCUUGCGGGCCGGCUGAGCUGAGCCACCUUGUGGGCCGGCUGCGGCACCUUGUGGGCCGGCUGAGCCACUAUGCAAUUUUAUAUAGUACCAGUCAAAAGUUUGGACACACCUACUCAAAGGGUUUUUCUUUAUUUUUACUAUUUUCUACAUUGUAGAAUAAUAGUGAAGACAUCAAAACUGUGUGUGUGUGUGUGGAGUCAUAUA